GCCAACUACGAUAAUUGCAACGUUGUCAACAACGAACUCGAGCUCUAGUUUGAAUAAAAAUUGUAGCUUUCUUCUGCUCUCAAGUCUCGAAGUCCCUCCCUCCAGGCUCGAGCCCUCUUCUCUUUUCAUUUCCUGGGAUCUUUUUAUAAGAUCUGCAACUUGGGUUUUGAAGUCCCAGAGCCUCUACGAAAAGCAAAGCUCUUAACUUUCAGCUUCAACAUUCUUCACAAAAUUCAGCCCCUGCACUUUACUUUCAUUUCUAGGGCUCUUAUUCGCCAUUCUUGCGCAUGGACUAUGAUAUCUCCGACAGCAGCGGUACUGAUGAUGAUCUUCCUCCAUCUCAUCAAAACAGAAUUCCAAGAGGGGCUCACGUCACAGCAAAAGAAAGAUCUGCAGUAGGUUCUAUCUCAUUUUCUAGGAUGUAUACAGACAUGGAGGCCCAAAUUCAUCACUUAGAGCAAGAAGCAUACUGUGCAGUCCUGCGUGCUUUUAAAGCUCAGUCUGAUGCGAUUACUUGGGAGAAGGAAAGCUUGAUUACCGAACUUAGGAAAGAGCUGAGAGUAUCAGAUGACGAACACAGAGAACUUCUGACCAAGGUUAAUUCUGAUGACAUCAUCAGUAAGAUAAGAGAGUGGAGAAAGGGUGGUGGGCAUCAAGCGGCUAGGCUUAGUGCAUCUCAGCCUGUCUAUGAUCUAUUACCCAGUCCUACUGUUUCUGCGUCGCGAAAGAAACAGAAAACAUCUCAAUCGCAUGGUCAGCCAUUCCCUGGUUUAUCCUCAAUGAAGUCCAUGCCGUACCCAUCGACAGGACCUACUUUGAGUAGACAAUUAACUGCUCGUAGCUCUUCUGGUCCCCUUGUUGGAAAUGAACCUGUUGAAGCAGCAACAUUUGAUUCAUUAAUCGGAAGGAAAGUAUGGACCAGAUGGCCUGAAGACAACAGCUUCUAUGAGGCCGUUAUCACUGAAUACAACCGCACUGAGGGUCGACAUGCAUUGGUCUAUGAUAUAAAUACAGCAAACGAGACAUGGGAAUGGGUUGAUCUCAAGGAGAUCUCUCGUGAGGAUAUCCGUUGGGAAGGUGAGGACCCGGGCCUAUCUCAUCGAGGAGGCCAUGGUGGUGGGCAAGGAGGACGCAGGGUUAAGAAAUCUUUGAACCAAGGCGGUGUUACUCCAGGUGCUGGAAGAGGACGAGGACCCAUAAAGCCCCAAUCAAAAAAAGAAAUUCAUCCGUCACAAAAUUGUGUGGAGAGAGUUUUCAAUGCAAAUCAUCCAGAUCCUUUUGAGCUUGAAAAAGCAAGGAAAAUGCUGAAAGAUCACGAACAGGCCCUUGUUGAUGCCAUCGCAAGGCUUGCAUAUGCAUCGGAUGGCGAAAGUGCAGAUGGAGAGCAUACGUUUCUGCAUGGUCGAUCAAUGGAUGGAUAACGACGGAAAAGCAGGCACUGUGGUUGAGGCAACGAUGGUCUCUGGAUAGUAGCUUCAAAGCUAGCAGUCAAAUGAAAGGAAAGGUUGAGUUGGAAAGAAAGACGACCACAAAGGUGGUGAUGAUGUUAAUGGCAUAGCUUUUUUCACUUUAUCAAAUUCUUGGAUUUUCAUCUGGGUUCCUUUGAGAAAUCUCAAUUGCCUUUGAUGAUCCUUUGAUGAUCACAUGCCUGACUUUAGACACAUCCACUUGUAAAAACACCUCGAUUUAGUGUUUUAGAUUUGCCAAGAAGUUGUGUAGAAGAGAUUGUUUCUUUCAUCAAUCAUAGUUUCCGCCUGAGCGACUUGACUCAAAUGUAAAGUCUGGUUGAUUUUGUGUACUUGUCCUGCUUCUGCUUCUUCCUCCUAAUAUAAAUAAAGCAUUCAAGUUUAGCUUC